AUGAGUUUGUGGGUAGAUAAAUAUCGACCCACAUCGUUGUCCAAAUUGGAUUACCAUAAGGAUUUAGCAGAACAGUUGAAAAAUUUGAUUCAGAGUGGGGAUUUUCCUCAUUUACUAUUUUAUGGACCAUCUGGAGCUGGUAAGAAAACCAGAAUCAUGGCUAUGUUAAGGGAAUUGUAUGGUGCUGGGGUUGAAAAAUUGCGAGUAGAACAUCAGACAUUUGAGACACCGUCAAAGAAAAAGAUUGAAAUAACAACAGUAGCCAGCAAUUACCAUAUUGAGAUUAAUCCAAGCGAUGCGAAAAAUAACGAUAGAGUUGUCAUUCAAGGGAUGAUCAAAUCUGUUGCACAAACCCAACAGUUAGAUGCCAUUUCACAAAAGAAUUUUAAAGUUAUCGUGGUCAUGGAACUGGAUCGAUUGACGAAAGAUGCGCAGCAUGCCUUAAGACGAACUAUGGAAAAAUAUAUCUCAACGUGUCGAUUGAUACUAUGUUGCAACUCUACUAGUAGGGUAAUACCAGCAGUUCGAAGUCGUUGUCUAGGGAUACGCGUUGCUGCUCCAACUGCAGAUGAGGCACUAUUGCAUGGUGUCUGUAAGAAAGAAGGUUUAACAUUGAAUCAAGAAUUGGCCGUUCGCAUAGCGGAACAAUCGAAAAGAAAUUUACGAAGAGCACUGUUAAUGUGUGAAGCAUGUAAAGUUCAACAGUAUCCUUUUACACCAGAUCAGCCGGUAUCUGAAGCAGAAUGGGAAAUAUAUUUGCGUGAAACGGCGGCAGCAAUAGUAGAACAACAAAAUCCCAAAAGAUUAUUAGAGGUAAGAGCUAGACUUUACGAAUUACUCUGCCACUGCAUUCCACCAGACGUUAUUAUUAAGGGAUUAUUGUCUGAAUUAAUCGUGAACUCGGAUGGUCAAUUGAAGACUGAAAUCACAGCCUUAGCAGCGUUCUACGAACAUCGUAUCCAAAUGGGACGCAAAGCAAUAUUUCACUUAGAAGCUUUUGUUGCCAAAUUUAUGAGUAUCUACAAACGUUUCUUAGAUGAAGGGAUGGCCGCAAUGGAUUUUAUGUAA